UGGAUCUAGUCUGCGUCAUGUUGGCUUUCUGUGAAAAGGUCUUCACGGAAGCGUCUGAUUCUUGAAAGAAUGAGACAGAAGGCUUGGUAACGAGAGUCAGUCCACCAGCGUUUGCAACCCCAUCCAGUGUAUAUAUUUUUAUUACCUCAAUAUAUAUAUAUAUAUAUAUAUAUUAUAAAUAAUGGCUUCUUCCAGUAACAAACCGGCUGUCGGUAAUUUUAUGCCAUCGGGAUACGAUUAUGAGUUUGUCGACAAAGUACCUGAGGAAUAUGUAUGUAAUAUCUGCUUCUUUGCAAUGUGGAAGCCCGUACAGACCAAGUGUGGUCACAGAUUCUGCAAAGACUGUUUAAAAGAAGCAAACAAAAGAAAGAAGCCACAACAAUGUCCAGAAGACAGACAAGAGCUACGCAAGCAGGACGUAUUUGAUGAUAAAGCAACAGAACGUCAGAUAUUGUCAUUAAAGAUCAAGUGUCCCAACAAUGGAUGUCAGUGGUUAGGCGAGUUGGGAGACUUAAAGGAUCACACGUGUACCCCAACAAGCAGGAAUCUCAAAUGUGGAGGUCAAAAAGUAAAGACAAAAAAGACACCAAGAAAAGAUAUGGAUCAACACAUAUCGAGCAGCAUUGGACAUCAUUUCAAUAUUACCUGUGAAAAAGUCUUGUUGCUAGAAGAUCAAAUCCUUCAACUCAAGAAAAGUCAAAUGGAAGUGGAACAGCAAUAUCAAAACCUAAACGCAAACUUUCUAGAGGAAAAAGACCAAAGGGAAACCAUUGCUAAAGAACUUACAAGUCUAAAGACUAAUGUAGAACAGAAGUUAGUCAGGCUGGACAAAAAUAUUCAAACUUUAAUCGGUCAAAAAGGAGAAUUCUCUAAGGAAAUAAAAAACUUAAAAAAGCAAAUCAAGCAACAAGUCGGCGAACAAACGACAACGGGCCCAAGAACUGCCGUAAAUACGGCAAAAACAAACAAAGAUCUGGCUGAAAAGAUUAAAAGAUCUCGUUUACGAAUGGAAACAUCAAUCGACGAGCUGAGCCGUGACUUUGAUAAAAAAAAUGAAAAAAACGAUACACCAACUACAGCAAGAAUUGGACCAAAAAGCGAGACGGAUUUAUCGGAUAUGGCUACAGGAUACAGUUAUGAGUUUGUCUCCAAGGUAUGUGACGAGUAUAUUUGCAGAAUCUGCGAGCUACCGAUGCGGAAGCCUGUACAGACCAAGUGUGGACAUCGAUUCUGCCAAGAAUGUUUGCUAGAAGCAAACAAGAGAAAAAAGGUCCCAGAAUGUCCCAUGGACAGACAGCCACUCGAUAUGAAAAAGGAAAAACCAUUUGAUGAUAAAGCUAUAGAACGUUCCAUUUUGUCCUCAAUCAUCAAGUGUCCUAAUUUGAGGUGCGAUUGGCAAGGAGAUCUAAGAAACCUUGAGGACCACAAGCUCAAGUGUGACUACGAGAUAAAAAAGUGCAAGUACUGUGACGUCAAGAAGUCUGUGAAAGAGAUCGAAGUCCACAUCCGGGAAGAGUGUGAAUGGAGAGAUGUGCCGUGUCCACAGUGUAAGAAAAUCAUUGUAUCAAGGGAUAUGGAGAAACACAAUGAAUUUUGCCGAGAGUAUCCAGUGGAAUGCCCAAACCAAUGCGGGCAAAAGAUAAGUCGUAGAAAGGCAGAUGAUCACAUCGUUCAUCACUGUCCUAUGUCGGUUGUUUCUUGCACCUAUAGGGAGUUAGGAUGUGAUUUCGAGUGCCAAAGAGAAAAUCUGAAGAAACACCUUAAAACCGACGCCCAAGAACAUCUAUCACUAGUAUUUGGACACACGACAGAAUUUCAAAAAGAUGCGAAACGACGCUUGCACCUUAUUGAACAAUUUCAAAAAGAGGCGAAACGACGCUUGCACUCUAUUGAACAAGACUCUAGAAACCUAAAGGAGGAACUCCAAAAAAUAAAUCGAAAUUUAGAAAAAAAGAGGAGGAAAUACGAUAUUUUGACUUCUGAUUUACAAGAUACCGAAAAGCAGACACAGCUGCUGAUUGAAAAUACCAUAAAAAUUAAGUCAGGUGUUAAACACGAAAGGAAACAGGUCUGGCGGUUUUUGGUAUCCAUAGUGAUUGGGAUGAUAGCAAUUCUCGCCUUUACAUCGCGUCAAAUUGCAGGAACUUGGCAAGAGUCUAUCGUGCUUAAAGAUGAAAUAACACAUUUGAAGGGGAAACUAGGAAGCAAAGUUAUUUGGAUAGUAAAUGAGGAAGGGCCUUCUGUAAAAGAUUUUUAUACAGACAAGUACGGUUACAAACUGCGGGUAUCGGCUAAUCUACUACCAAGAAUAAGUAUACUUCAAGAGGAAAACUUGUUUUUAUUUUCUGUGACUCUACUUCGUGGGGAUUAUGAUGCCAUGUUGACGUGGCCCUUUAGCAAGAGAAUUAAAGUCACGCUCUUGGACCAGAAUGAAAAUCCCAGUGACAGAAAAAAUGUUGAAGUGGUGAUUGAACCAAAUGAAUAUCAAACAUCCGAAAACUUAAAGAGACCAACUGCUUCUUCAAGUAACUACUUCGUUUCCAAAAGGAUCGUCUUGGAGGAACAGCUUAAUGCAAGAAAUUACUUUUUUGAAGGUUCCUUAUUUCUUUUGAUAGAGACUGAGAAUGAAGUGAUCUAGUAUUGCAGUGACAUUAGACAUCCAGGCACUCAGGAACAGUUAUGUAGUGAGGAGCCUUGAAUCAAAACACGAAACUUAUGGCGGCGUCCACUACACUUGAUGUUGGAAGGAGGUGCAUGGUUUGUCAAAUAGAUUGGUGUUAUUGGAUGAUGAGAAAAACGCAUAAGACUAGGAGAAAAACCGUUGCAGCAGUUUCCACUGAUUAUGAAUUAUACAUGUUCCAAAAACCCAGAAUACCUGUAUGUCAGUAUUGAGGGUACUACGAGAAUUAAAAGGUAUUUUCUCUUAAAUUUUUACAGGACGGUAAAGAAAACCAGUUGUUAUAAUCAAUUUACCUGACCUCAAUCUGCUUUUUUAUUUUUUUCGCUUCGGUUACAUAGCAAAUGAGGUAACUAGAGAAGUCGGGAGCCGGCGGAGCCAGGCUACCAACCCCUCCCCUACUUUUUCCCGGAGCCGGCGAAGCCAGGCCCCACUCCUCCCCCACGAUUGUUACUGACUACAAAAAUGAAUUCAGGAACGAAUGAGUUAUGUUCUCGUUUCUAAAAUCCUUGCGGUUCUACGCCAUCCGGAGCCCGGAGCCGGCGGAGCCAGGCUACCCCUCCUCCCUCCCCCCCCCGACAAUUUCCGGAGCCGGCGGAGCGUGGGUCUCAGGCCCCUUCUGGUCAUCCCACGCGAACGCAUAUUGGCUAAGGAGCCCAGCUUAUUGUCGGAGUCUUAUAACUUAAGACACCAUUUGGACAACCAAACUUGUAAAACGGCAGAUGUUGAAUAUGAUGAGCACCAAAGUAUUGGUGAGGAAACUGAGGACGACGGUGAAUCGAAAGUUAGUGAUUCUGAAGAGGACGAUGAUAAGUCAGUAAAGCACAGUUGGUCGGCUCUCGUACGGGAAGCUACAGAUCGUCAUCAGGAAGAGUUCGAGGGUCAAAUGGAAAACUACCUGCAUGAAGGAGAAAGCGAAGAAAGUGCUGCAGUCAAAGCGCAUAACAGUAUGUUACCAGUCUAUAGAAAGGAGCUGAGGGUAGUAAAGGGUAGUGAACUAGCAAAGAAAAAAUAAAAGUUUCUUUUGGCAAUGAAACUUUAUUAAAUGUAGUUAAAUAGUUAUAGAGAUGUCUUCUUGUUCUGCUCAUUUUACUCAUGCGCUGCUCACAGGGGCACUAGGGGCACCAGGGGCACUUUAAAAAAACCGUCAUCAUUGAAAAGAAUCAAGGGGCAUUAGAGGAACUUUUAUUUCCCGCUGUUUAAACAAAGAACAUUUGACAGAGGGGAUUAACCUUGUCAACUCAAGAAAGGUGAUGCAAUCAAAACCUUGUUCUGAAAGUAGUUCACAGCCUCAUUAAUUCAAAAUACUUUUUUUUUUCUUCAAAUCUUACUUGAACAAGGGGUCUUAUCAUGUUAAUACCAUGAUCACCUCGGGAUCCAUUGUUUUUGGAGGGACGUUUAAUCACUAACAUCCCUACCUCAUGAAUGACAUGAAAGAAAUUUAGAAACUAAAUAUCCCUCAUCCAUAUGAAUUAUUCAUGAGAGGUUGUCCCUCAUGUAACGUAAUCAUCGGUACACCGAGUCUAAAAUGACCCGGUUCGAAAUCUGAUGCAUUUUUAAUGAGGAUGUAUACCACCCUGCCACAGGCUUUAUUCAAUGUGGGAUAGAGAAAUUGGUCUUAGAGUCGGAUUCUACACGCUAGGACAAACUUUGCGCAUGGGUCAUAAUGGACUAAAAUUACCUACUUGUUACAAUCUAAUGUUUUACACAAAUGUUAAUUUCUCGGUGCAAGGGCAGCCUUCACGUAUGCGCAAAGCCAUUUUGAAACAAAAAGCAAGUUAACGUUUAUUCAACCACUUUAUUGAUUUUACACACGUCUUAUUUAAAACUGAUUGUAAUAAUAAAUGUUUAAUUUUAGUA